CCCCCCAAAAGUUCCUUCUAGACGUUCUUCUCUGCUGUUACCUUCUUCUCCUACCUCGCAUUCUGCUUUUUAUUCUUUUUUUUUUUCUUCCCUUUCCCAAUCUCGCCAUGCCCAGAUACCAAUAUGCUUUGAAUUCAAUCCGCUUUGCUCCGAAUCUCUGUCCCUUUCCUGUUGUUUCUCCAUCACUACUGCCAGAUUCCGAGCGUCUUUUCUGAUUUUGCUUCUUUCAUACUGCGAACUGUUGUUGCAUUAUUCAUUUCUAUUCAGAAUCUCUACCUCUAGCCUUGUAGCGGUACACGUUUAGCCGUUGCGGCUGAUGCUUGUGGUUUUUUGGUUGUGUGUGUGAAGUUGUUGGAAGGAAGGAUAGUUUUGGUUUGUGGAUAAAUGAAGGGGGCUCCGAAGCAUGAGCGGCGGUGGGCUUCGGAUACGGUUCCUGGAAAUGCGAAGAUGAGCGCAGGAUCGUCUCCGGGAACGGAGUCUAGUGCGGCGGAGGAGUUUGUUGAGGUGACUCUUGAUCUACAGGACGAUGAUAGAAUCAUCCUGCGGAGAGUUGAGCCGGCUACCGUUGUCAAUAUCGAUAGCGCCGUCUCUGUUGGAUCUGAAACUCCCAAGUCUUCUUCGCUGUCGAGAUCGCCGACGUUUAAACGGAGCUCGUCGAAUUUGUUGCGUCAAUUUUCCCAGGAAUUGAAGGCGGAAGCGGUCGCUAAAGCAAGACAGUUCUCACAGGAGUUGAAAGCCGAGUUGAAGCGAUUUUCCUGGAGCCAUGGACAUUCCUCCAGUGCUGGAAACGGAUUCGACUCGGCGUUGGCCGCUCGAGCUCUGAGGAGGCGACAGGCUCAGCUUGAUCGCACUCGUUCCGGCGCUCAUAAAGCGCUUCGCGGCCUGAGAUUCAUUAGCAGUAAAACCAAUGGUGUCGAUGCCUGGAACGAAAUCCAGAACAACUUCGAUAAGCUCGCCAAGGAUGGAUCCCUCUACCGCUCCGAUUUCGCACAAUGCAUAGGAAUGAAAGAUUCAAAAGAAUUCGCUCUUGAACUGUUCGAUGCUUUGAGUCGGAGACGAAGAUUGAAGGUUGAAAAAAUCAGCAGAGACGAACUGUUCGAGUUCUGGUCACAAAUCACCGAUCAAAGCUUCGAUUCGCGCCUCCAGAUCUUCUUCGACAUGGUCGAUAAAAACGAAGACGGCCGAAUUACCGAAGAAGAAGUGAAAGAGAUUAUUAUGUUGAGUGCUUCUGCAAACAAGCUAUCGAGGUUAAAGGAACAGGCAGAGGAAUAUGCGGCCCUCAUCAUGGAGGAGUUGGACCCUGAAAGGCUUGGCUAUAUUGAGCUGUGGCAAUUGGAAACCCUUUUGCUACAGAAGGACACGUAUCUGAAUUACAGUCAAGCCCUCAGCUAUACCAGCCAAGCACUGAGCCAGAACAUACAGGGACUAAGGAGCAAAGGCCCCAUAACAAGGCUAAGUACAAAACUGCUCUACUAUUUGCAGGAGAAUUGGAGGAGAAUAUGGGUGUUGACUUUAUGGGUCACGAUCAUGGUUGGCCUUUUCGCGUGGAAAUUCUUCCAAUACAAGCGCAAGGCAGCGUACGAGGUCAUGGGCUACUGUCUUCUUACGGCUAAGGGUGCGGCUGAGACCCUGAAGUUCAACAUGGCCAUCAUUUUGCUGCCCGUAUGUAGAAAUACCAUCACUUGGAUAAGGUCGACCUGGCUGGGAUAUUUUGUACCAUUUGAUGACAAUAUCAAUUUUCAUAAGACGAUUGCCGCAGCCAUUGUAUUUGGUGUCAUUCUCCAUGUGGGGAACCAUCUUGCCUGUGAUUUUCCAAGACUCGUACAGUCAUCUAACGAAACCUACAAUUACGUGAAGGACUACUUCGGCCCACAAAAGCCAACCUACUUAGAUUUGGUUAAGGGAUGGGAAGGUGUGACUGGUAUACUAAUGGUCAUCUUCAUGGCAGUAGCAUUCACUCUAGCUACCCGAUGGUUUAGGAGGAGCCUGAUUAAGCUGCCCAAGCCGUUUGAUAGGCUGACUGGUUUCAAUGCCUUCUGGUAUUCACACCACCUGUUUGUCAUUGUUUACAUCUUGCUCGUCAUCCAUGGCAUAUUCCUCUACCUUGAACACAGAUGGUACCGUAAGACAACUUGGAUGUAUCUUGCCGUCCCAGUUUUACUAUAUGCUGGAGAAAGGACACUUAGAUUCUUCCGCUCAGGCUUCUACAGUGUUCGGCUCCUCAAGGUGGCUAUUUACCCGGGGAAUGUUCUUGCUUUACAAAUGUCUAAACCUCCUCAGUUCCGGUAUAAGAGUGGACAGUACAUGUUUGUCCAAUGUCCUGCUGUGUCUCCAUUUGAGUGGCAUCCAUUUUCGAUUACUUCUGCUCCGGGAGAUGACUAUUUGAGUGUUCACAUACGUCAACUGGGUGAUUGGACACAAGAGUUAAAGAGAGUAUUUGCUGAAGCCUGUGAGCCACCUGUUGCUGGGAAGAGUGGGUUGCUCAGGGCUGAUGAAACGACCAAGAAGUGUUUGCCGAAGCUCUUAAUAGAUGGACCUUAUGGGGCGCCUGCUCAAGACUACAGAAAUUAUGAUGUUCUAUUACUUGUUGGUCUUGGUAUUGGAGCAACACCUUUCAUUAGCAUCUUGAAGGAUUUGCUUAACAACAUUGUCAAAAUGGAGGAGCAAGCACUUUCCCUUCCUCAGGAUUCAAUUGAAGAUGGCGGUAAAGAAUCGGAUCUCAGUUUUGGAAGCACAGACUCUUCCAAUACUCCAAGGGUUUCUCCUAAGCAAAAGAAAUUUGUGAAGACGACUAAUGCUUACUUUUACUGGGUAACUAGGGAGCAGGGCUCGUUUGAUUGGUUCAAAGGGGUCAUGAAUGAAGUCGCUGAGAUGGACCAAAGGGGUGUCAUUGAGAUGCACAACUUCCUGACCAGUGUGUACGAGGAAGGAGACGCUAGAUCAGCCCUCAUCACGAUGGUCCAAGCACUAAAUCACGCAAAGAAUGGGAUGGAUAUAGUUUCUGGCACCCGGGUCAGAACUCAUUUUGCAAGGCCCAAUUGGAAGAAAGUAUUCUCCAGAAUUUGUACCAAGCAUUGCAAUGCUAAAAUAGGAGUAUUCUACUGUGGAGCUCCAAUCCUUGCUAAAGAACUCAGCAACCUCUGCUAUAAAUUCAAUCAACAAGGCCCAACUAAGUUUGACUUUCACAAGGAACACUUCUGAGAAUACAGUUUGCGGGUACACAUAUUCGUAACUUUAACUUCUCCCCGUAUAUUUAUGUAUACCUGGAAGGCCUCUUCCCAUUUGUCAGAAAAAUUGUAUAGUACAGUUUUUCGGCAGGAAAGGAAACAGAAAUAACCUUGGAAAUAGAAGAGAGUAUAUGUAUAAAAAUAAUGAGACUUUGGCCAUUUAGUACUUAGUACAACCGUGAAAAUUCCUGGUUGAAGAAACGAAACGGAACUUAGUUGGAAAUUAUUCCUGGCCUGUGUUCAGGUUAGGAUGAUGCCUUGGGUCUUGUUUAUUAAAUUGAUGGGAGGUGAUGGACCUGUGCUGUCAUGUUGUUAGGAGGCUACAGCUUCAAUGAACUGGUUGGUUGAUAAUGACCCGAUUGGAAGGUGAUUGAGUAGUGGCCGUGGGCAUUAGGACACAGUUUUGAAAUCCCGAAAGCAAAAGCUGUAAUAGUUUGUGGUGGAACUAGGAAUUAGGAUGCCUUUUCUUAUCGGCUCUACUUCCUUUUUCUUCCAUUUUGUUUCGUUUCGUUUUGUUUUGUUUUCUAAGAUUAUAGCUUUUAGGAAUCCAUCUAUCUAUAUUGUCAUUGCUGGUGUAGAGUUUCAGCUUUGAUUCAUUUAUGUAAAUAUAAAUCACAGUUAUAUAUUUUGUUCAUCAAAUGGUCAUUCUGUCCAUAUUUUUUGAAUUU